AUGAGAAAGUUUGCGGCCACAAAGCCCCAUGCCGGCCGUCUCGGUACAACGUCAAAGGAGAUUAGUAUAAUAAAAAUGGCCUGGGGAUAUUGGUCUGCGUCGUCCGUGAUGCCGGAUCGCGGGCGGAGUCCGCGUCGUGCUGGCACCUCGGUGGUACACGCGCAUCCGAACCCACCGACUGCGAGGGAAGUGAUGGAAACACACGACGAGAGCAUCAUCCACACCGCCUCCACGUCCAGAGAUAGCCGCGACCACUCAGCCUCACCACACUCCUCCUCCAACGGCGGCCACUCCCAUCAUCACGAGGUGCGGCACGCGGUACCCGCCAGUGCACUAUUUGGAGAAAGUUACGGAGAACUGUCUAGAAGACCGUCUCUGGAUUUAGGUUCGGUACGGAGUGCUUUAGCCUCGUGUUCGGGCGGAGGGACGCUUAGUGCCGGGUCGACGUUGACGCGCGGUGGUACCCUCGCUGAUUACUUGCCACCGACGCCGUGCCCUCACCACCAUCGGGUUUAUGUCGACCAUCACAAACACUACGAACAGCCGAUCCAACCCGUGCAUGUGGGUGUACCCCAUCACUCACACUCACACGCAUCCAGUAGACAUCACACAGACGACGAAGAUGACUUGGAACCAGCGUACGCCACAGGUAUGUCGAUUAAUUUGUAUCUCUGUGAAACUUCAACAUACUCUCGAUUUGUCCCAAAAGUGGGAGCAUGUGGAAUGUAA